AUGCGUCAGGUCAUCAUUUUAGACGUCUACAGAGAACUUCCACUGCAGCCGUUUGUUCCCUGCGGCACUUGCGUAACUGUGACGAGGUGGAAGCGGAGCUGGUUCGUGCUGUACCCGGCCAGCCAGCACGGCGUCGCCCGCCUGGAGUUCUUUGACUGCAAGGAGCCGGCGGCACCGCCCGAGCGGCUGGGCACCAAGCGCCUGGACAAGACGGUGGUGCGGCUGGCUGACUGCACCAGCGUGGCCCCCGUGGCUGAGAGCGGCCCCCGGGCCGGCACGUCUGUCUUCCGCCUGGAGACCAGCGACAGGAGCUACCUCUUCGCGGCCGAGAAGCAGCAGAGCGAGGAGUGGGUGGCGAAGCUAUGCGAGAUCGCCUUCCCGGGAAACGGCCCCAGUGAUGCUGGUGCGGCGGCACGGCGUGGCAGAGAGGGCAGCGGGCAGGCGCCGACCCUGGAGAUGGCCGUGAACUCCAUCUACUACUCGAGAGACGAAGUGAAUGCCUUCUGGGUGACGGUGCAACGGACUGAGGCCGCGGAGCGAUGCGAGCUGCACGGUGCCUACGUGCUCAAGGCUGAGCGUGACAGCCUCGUCCUGAAGGACCCACGGACAAAUGAGAUCCUCUAUGUCUGGCCCUACCGGCUGCUCCGGAGAUACGGCCGGGACAAGGUGAUGUUCUCCUUUGAAGCUGGCAGGCGCUGUGACUCUGGCCCAGGGAACUUCACCUUUGAGACCAAGCAGGGCAACGAGAUUUUCCGCCUGGUGGAAGCCUCUAUCCAGGAGCAGAAAGCGCAGGUGGAGGAGAACCGGCAAAGCUGUGGCUCACUGGAUUCGGAUAGCCCCAGCGUGGUGCUGAUCCGCCAGGCCCUGGCCGACUCCCUGAGCCUGGAGCUGCCUGCAGAGGGGGAUGACACCCUGGCACCCAAAGCGGUGCUGGUGCCCAGGCCCAGUGUGGCGGCAGAGGAGAGAGAUGCCACGUCUCUGCUGAAGACCCGGACUCUGCCAGAGCUCCCUGUGCCACAGGCCAAGCCUGUGGUCCCAAGCACACCCCCGCUGCCGAAGGUGCCCUGUGCCGUGUUGCCGGCUGAGGACCCAUCCAGCGUGUACUCGGAGCCCCUGGACUCGGUGAAGGGCUUCCGGCCCUGGCUGGACCCUCUGUACUCGGACCCCAUAGACAGCAAGCCCGUGAGCGGGGCCAAGGCGCCCAGCGGUGCCUCGGAUGAGACGAAGCCCCGACUGCCGGCGCCGCUGUACUUGUGCACGUACGAACAGGUCCGGGCUGAUGGAUGCAGCCAGGCCCCCGCAGUGCCUGGGCGGAGGGAGCACAUCUAUGAUGAGCCUGAGGGUCGUGCUCCCCGCUCGCUGCCGCCCCCCCCUUACAUCUACGAUGAAGCGCGGCCCACAGGCGAUGCCUGGCGCACGCAGGGCCACGAUGGCAGGGGCGGCUACGAGUAUCCCUACAACCCCAGCACUGAUGACUACUCGGUACCUGCCUUCCAGGCCAAGGCCAAGGGCCCCAAGCCGGUGCCUGCCCCCAAGCCCCAGACGGCCUUUAUCCCUAAAGGUGCCGAGAGGAGUGGGGAUCCUGGCAGGCGGCGGGGGAACGCUGCUCCUGAGAAGGCAGUCGUCAAACCCAGCCUCAACAGCAGCAACAACAACAAUGUGGAGGUGCUGUACAGCCAGGUGGUGAAGCCCCAGCAUGUGCAGAAGAAGGAGCAGUCUGUGGAUGAGUGCAGCUUGUCGCCUGUCUGUGAGGACUUAGGAGAGAUAUAG